AUGGAGGAAUAUGACCGCAGUGCGCCGCUGUUUGACCGGCGUUUCAACGUGCUAGUACAAUACCCUGAUCGCGACGAGAAGCUACUGCCGCUUACUGUUCGUCUGCUUACUGGUGUGCGUCAAAAUACUGCCAAAAACCAAAAAGAGCACGUGUUGCGUGUGGAAAUCACAGACGACGAUGGCGUUGCUCCGUGCUUUCUUUACUUUUGGCGCGUCUCAGAAGAAGAAUUUCACGAUCUAAAGACACAACAGAGACUGCUCGUGGAUUUUGCCACGUUUCCAGCAAAUCUCAUUGAGCUGCUGCAAUGUUGUCUGAAGGACAGCAAGAAGAUUGCAGGGGAAGAAGAUGCAGAGGUCAAGACUCAAACUGGUGACGAAGCCGUAGCUGUAACAACGACGGGAGGGUCAGUUGAAGUCGUGCUUAAUCAGAAGACAAGGUCAGCUGGGCCAACUCCAUUGAGCUAUUUGGCAGUGUUGAACACGUCCGAUUAUAAUGGGCAGUCAGUGUUUAGCAUUGUGGAAACGAAUCCGUUCAAGCAAUUGACGCAUCUGUCGUUGAGAUUUUUACCAGGUGACGACGUGGCCGUCAAGACAUAUCUUGCAUCGCGCUUGGCGCAGGUUGGAGCAAGCCGUCGUUCGCUGGCAUCGGCGUUGAAGCAGAUGAAAGAAGAGCUACAGCUUGCGCAGACCAAUGAAGCGAAACUGGAGCAGCAGUUGUCGACAUUAGGCAGUGAAGCAGAGUCGACGCUAUCACAGGAGAAAAUGAAGUUCGUAGAUGCACUAAACGGUCAGCGGCAAGAGGCAGCCGCCGUGCUAAAAGAGCGUGAAGGAGAACUCAAUUCUAAAAUUGACCUACUUGUGGAGAGAUACGAAAAGGAGCUUAAAACGCUUAAGGCGACAGCAAAGGAGAAUGAGAAGCAAGUGCAAGAUCUGAUCAAACAAAAGUAUCAGCACGAAGUGCAGAUUGACCAUUUGCUCUCUCAGAUAGAAGACCUCGGUCAGGCUAGGAAAGCGCUAUCAGAUGAGGUGGACAAGCUACGCAAUCAAAAUAAAGAGCUAGACCAAAAAGCGUCCCAGCAGGAGAAGCAAAUGAAUGCAUUGCAGGUUCGGACGGACGCGCUACAAGAGCAGCUUGCUGAUAAGGAGGACGUCGUCAGGAAGACCGCCGACCUCUUACAGUCGGCUAGGCUGCAUAAUGAGGAAGUCGAUGAGUCACUGAAGAUGUAUCGAGACAACCAUGCGAGGCUCCAGCAGAAGCUGGAGUUAAGUGUCUCAGAGAUUAAUAAGGGAAACGAAAUUAUCGAUCGCAUACAGAACGAAAGUCGAACGCUGAAGUCUAAGAUGCGGAUGAAGGCCAAGAUUAUCAAGCAGCAAGAACAGUUUGUCAAAGAAAAGCAACUUCAGCUAGAGGAAUCGUCACUGGAAAUGAAGUCGACAAAGGAAGAUAUUCGCAAACGAGAUGAGCACAUUUUACAUCUGAAGGGAACGAUCAAAGAAUUGAGUCAGAAGCUGGAGGAUAGCAACAAGUUGCUUGCAUCGAACCAACAAGUGAUCACCUGGCUGAACAAGGAGAUUAACGAAGCACAGUUGAGUCAUCAACGGAGGUCGACUGCACACCCGUCCGUACUUUCCUUUCGUCCAUCCGACAAAGCGAUAAAUAAUCCGUGA